UUGUGGGGUGGGGAGGGCUAAGAUCAAGGCAAAAUAGGAUAGCGAGAGAAGCAAUUAGCAGACGCGGCUGCCCUCCUGUUGGACGGCUGAACAAAGAGGAGGAUAAAAGGGGAAAGGAAUAGUUUAAACUCACCGUGAAAGAGAGGCUAUAAACGCCCAGUAAACAAGAAGGGACAAUCAAGUAUGAGACGAGAUGUGACCAGAGUUCCAGAGUGGCAUUCGGAAAACGACAAUUCCCUUUCAACGGAUUCUAUGAACAGCAGUUAGCCUACGGUAUGCCGGACUCUAUGCGCACUUUUUUACACCACAGGAUCACAGGGCGAUAGACUUCCCUCGGGCGCAGUAGGAUGCAACGAUGGACUUCUUGUGCGGGGUGACGAGGCGAACCCAGGCGAAAGAACAUAAUGAAAGAGUAGAAUAUAUCUGAAAAGGGGUUCUUAGCCAAGCUUGUUCGUGCUUUAGGUUGGCUAUGGAGUAUUUUUUCCGACGGAAGAGAGUAUUGAAAACUCUCAUCAGUUUGUCUUUAGCUUUGGCCACUUUAUUGAUGAUUCAAAAAUUCAAGUUUGUGGAAGAUAAUGUUAAGGAUCAUCUGGUGGUGAAAACCAGAGUAGCCAAUGGCUGGUUCGAGGCUGAGAGCGAUUUUUACAAAAGCAAUUCCAUCAUUAAGGGUGCUUUGGGAAACAAUUCGCCCCCUGGACUUAUAGAAAAGUUGGAGGAUGUAUUCGUUUCAAAUACGACCCGAAUGACUUGGGAUGUGGAUGUGAUUGACUGCAAGGAAGAUGUGUCUGUGAAGAAAAAGGAUUGGUUUCGACGGCUAGAUCCAAGAUUCCACCAAUUCGUCCUGCACAGACACUGUAGAUAUUUCCCGAUGCUGAUAAAUCAUCCGGAGAAGUGCCGAGAGGAGGACGUGAAUGUACUGAUUGUGGUUAAAUCUGUAAUCGAACAACACGACAGACGCGAGGCUGUGCGUAAUACGUGGGGUAAAGAGCAGGCAAUCAAUGGUCGUAAGAUAAAGACACUGUUUCUUAUAGGUAGUCCCUCCACGGGCAAAGAUGCCAAAAAUCUUCAAAAGCUCAUCCAGUUCGAGGACAGGAUAUACGGAGACAUCUUACAGUGGGAUUUCAUGGACACCUUUUUCAACCUCACUCUAAAAGAGGUUAAUUUUUUGAAGUGGUUUAACACUUACUGCCCCCAGGUAAAGUUCAUAUUCAAAGGGGACGACGAUGUGUUUGUGAACACGAACAAUCUAUUGGAACUUAUUGGCUUUAAAACAGAAGAACAAAAAGUGCACAAUUUAUUUGUUGGGGACACCAUUUCCAAAGCGAUCCCAAUUAGGAACCGACAGAGUAAGUAUUACAUUCCAAGAGAGUUAUUCGACAAACCUUACCCACCUUAUGUUGGCGGUGGGGGAUUUUUAAUGUCAGCGGAUUUAGCUCGAAGAUUAUUUUUAAUUUCCGAAGAAUUUGAGCUUUACCCAAUUGACGACGUAUUUCUGGGCAUGUGUCUUCAGAGAUUACGCGUUUCCCCGGAGCUUCAUCCAGGAUUCAGGACUUUCGGCAUUGUGAAGCGCAAAGUGAGCCCUAUGAACAGUGACCCUUGUUUUUUCCGAAGCCUAAUUGUAAUCCAUAAACUCAGUCCGCAAGAGUUACUCAGGAUGUGGAAUAUAGUGUAUGAUAAAAACCUCACUUGCGCCAAAAGGAUUGUACUCUGACCCAUCAAUUUAAAGUGGUUUUCUGUGACCAUUUCCUAUUUGUUGUAUUUUUUCGUGCAUUGGGCAUAAUUUAUAGGCUAUGUCCUGCUGUCAGAUAUGUGUACAUACACACCUCCCCCAGGUCCCUGGUGGCUCAGACAGACAUCUGUGACCAGCAAUUUGUAACCACUGUUUUCUGUAUCAGUAAAAUGAUGGAGCCUUAACUAUUUAAUCACAGACUGGUCUGUAUACCUAUACUGUAUGCACAGUGUAGCUUUUCAAGAGGCAGUGGCCAGUGCUAGGUGCCGGACACUGAAUGUUUUCAAGUGAUGUGGACUUGCACCUCCCUUUUGGAUGCGUUUGGAAUCACAGGUCCACUCACUAGUCCACUGGAAGCACAGUAGAGCUCUGUGACUGAAUUCAAAAAUAAACAAACUGGUCUCCUAAAACCAAUGCACUGUCUGUUCACUGGUUAUGAAUGGGCAGGGAUGAAGAUGUUUUUUAAAAGUUUUUAUAUGAAUUAUGUAUGUUGGACUGUUGUUGCUGUUUAUUUUCAGUUCAGAAUUUGAACCAAAACAGUUUUAAAAAGACCAAGUUGAUCUUACAAAUGAUGAUAUGCACAUAAUAGAUGGCAAAAGCAGGAAAAACUGUGUCAGAGAAUAACAAACUGUGUCAGAGAAUAACAUUGCAUCAUAACUCAACCAAUUGACAACUUCAUUAAGACAACUGUAAUACAAUUUGUGUAAAUGUUGUUUGUUGAAAAAUGUUGUUUGUUGAAAACAAAAAUACUGAAAAUACUUCCCCAAUCUAUAAUAUUUAAUGUGAGAAUUUGAAUAUUUUGUUCCCAUAAAUGUACCUGACAACUGUUAAUUAUGAAUUGAUUAUAGAAGCUCUGGGGAUUAAAUAAUCUUUCAUUCCAAGUAGACUUGAAAGACAAAUGCUUUUUGCGGGAGCAAAAUCAAGCUAUAUAUUCUUCAAUGACAUAUUUUUGCUGAGUGAAAUGUUGUACAACAUAGAGGGUUUAAUAUAUUUUGUAAAUAGCACAUUUGUGUCAUAUUUAUCUACCUGGGAAGGCGGAUACAGUUCACCCAUGCAUGAUCAGCAUAAAGAACAGUUGUACUCUUGUGGUCUUAGUAAAUCAACAAAAAACUCUUCCGCAUAAAGGUGAUAUGUACUGUCUGCCUGGUACUAAACAAAUGUUUGCAUUCUGUUGUAACAUCCAAAUUGCGCUUAUUUGGUCAUGAUAGGAAUGCAGGUGUAUACACCUGGGGAUAUGUGAGGAAGUGCCCAUGUUUCUAAAACAACAACAUAAUAAUAUCCAAUGGUUUUCAUUAUUUUCCAGUCUGGCUGUGUGGCUGUCUGUAUCAAAAAUCAAUAAAAUAACCUUUUGAUAUUGA